UUAUCGACGCUAGCUCGGCUAGGUCAGUUAGCCUCCGCCUGGGCCACAAACCCAGCCCGAAUGGGAAUGGCGUGCUUUUUGUCGGCCCAGCAACAUUGUGCUGCGGCUGGGCUGCUGUGUCUUGAAUCCGCCAGCGGCUGAACUCGCCAGCUUCUUUCGACAAAAUCUUCCAUCCCAACUCUCUCCGCUUUCAGCAUCGCGACGUCGGAGAACACGGCACCGGCAAAAAUGGCAGGCCUCAAGCGACUCGCAGUGGGCGGGCUGGCGGUUUUGGGAGGCGUGUCCGCGCUGCAGGUCCAAUUGCAAAAGCCGCUCGUCGACGCCGUCGAGCCAGCUCAGGCCCGCCUCCCGGCCUCGGCCCAGGCUCCAGCCAGCGCUGGCCGUGAUAAGCCCUUGGUCGACUCCGAGGACUUGCAAGCAGCCAUCAGCAAAGACAGCCUUCUGGGCCGCGCAAAGGAACUCUUUGAGAUCGCGAAGCUGGGCGAGCCCGAGUACAACCAUCCCACGCGCGUCAUUGGCAGCGCCGGCCACGUCGGCACGCUCGACUACAUCUACAAGUCUCUCGCCGCGCUGGGUGACUACUACACUCUGUCCAAGCAGCCCUUCCCCGCCGUCUCGGGCAAUGUCUUCGAGUUCCGCCUGGUGCUGGACCACGAGGUCCCCGCCUCGGCCUCGCCCAUGAGCCUGACCCCGCCCACUAAAAACAAACAGCCCGUCUACGGCCACCUGGUCCUUGUCGCAAAUGAGGGCUGCGACGCCGACGACUACCCGGCCGCCGUGUCUGGCCAGGUCGCCUUCGUCAAGCGAGGCACCUGCCCCUUUGGCACCAAAUCAGAGCUGGCCGGCAAGGCCGGGGCCAUCGCCGCCAUCGUCUUCAACUACGAGACCUUCCCCGUGCAGGGCACCCUGGGCACGCCGUCGCCCGACCACGUCGCCACGUUCGGCCUGGCCGGGUCGGAAGCGGCGCCGGUGCUCGCCAAGCUCGCCAAGGGGGACACCGUCGACGUGAUCGCGUACAUUGACGCCGUGGUCAACACCAUCGUCACGGACAACAUCAUCGCGCAGACGACGCAGGGCGACCCGGACAACUGCGUCAUGCUCGGCGGGCACAGCGACUCGGUGCCCGAGGGCCCGGGGAUCAACGACGACGGGUCCGGUAGCAUCACGCUGCUGGAGGUGGCGACGCAGCUGACUAACUUCUCGGUCAACAACUGCGUGCGGUUCGCGUGGUGGGCGGGCGAGGAGGAGGGGCUGCUGGGGUCCGACUACUACGUGGACGUGCUGACACCGUCAGAAAACCGCAAGAUCCGCCUGUUUAUGGACUACGACAUGCUGGCGAGCCCCAACUUCGCCUUCCAGAUCUACGACGCGCGCAACGACGUCAACCCCGUCGGCUCGCAGGAGCUGCGCGACCUCUACGUCGACUGGUACGCCGCGCACGGCCUCAAUUACACCUUUAUCGCCUUCGACGGCCGCAGCGACUACGACGGCUUCAUCCGCCACGGCAUCCCCGGCGGCGGCAUCGCCACGGGCGCCGAGGGCAUCAAGUCCAAGAAGGAGGCCGGCCAGUUCGGCGGCGAGCCCGGCGUCCCCUACGACGUCUGCUACCACGCCCUCUGCGACGACGUCAGCAAUCUGAACCUGACCGCCUGGGAGCUCAACACAAAGCUCGUCGCGCACUCCGUUGCCACGUAUGCCCGCUCGCUCAAGGGCUUCCCCAAGCGAACGGACGAGGAUUUCAGUGAGGCUGGUUUCAGUCGCGGGGUCGGCAAGUCGGAGACCUACAAGCAAAAGACCAAGUACCACGGCUCGAAGCUGUUCAUUUAGAAUAGGUUCUCGGGAACUAGGGGAUUGUGUUGUGCUAACUAAAUUGCAUCAACUGCGGAUUUGGAUAUCGGCAGCAAGUCGUGGUCUAGGUAACAAAUUGUGACGGACGAGCGGCAGGACCAGAAUAGAUGGACAGAUUUUACAGGAAUCAUGAUAAAUCGAGCGGAUUUGCAUUACCGAUAACUACUACCUCCUGGAGAAACUGCAAACUACGUGCUUCACUAUUCAGUGAUUUCCAAUUCAGUAAUCAUAAUAAGUAAGCAUAGCAAAUGUAUACUAUAUAUACUAUAUGUACAAACAAGCAAGAAGCAAAAAGGGAAAAACAAAAAAAAG